ACAUUGCAUUUCCGUUUCUGUUCACCCGCAGUUUUGGGAACACUAUAGUAGUUAUUAGUGUUAAUAUUCGAAUUUCAAUUAUAAACCUUUGACGUUCAACAAAAACAUGAUUCAUAGUUUAUUUAUUAUCAAUGGAUCUGGGGAUGUAUUUAUGGAAAAGCAUUGGAAAAGUAUAAUACAUAGAUCAAUAUGCGAUUAUUUCUUUGAAGCUCAGACGAAGGCUGCAACUCCAGAGGAUGUUCCAUCAGUUAUACCAACACCUCAUCACUAUCUGAUUAAUAUAUAUAAACACAAGAUAUUUUUGGUCGCAGUUGUAACUACAGAAGUUCCUCCUCUCUUCGUAAUUGAAUUUCUACAUAGAGUAGUUGACACAUUCUCCGACUACUUUACCGAAUGUACAGAGGCUACAAUUAAGGAUAACUACGUUAUUGUCUAUGAGCUCCUGGACGAAAUGUUAGAUAAUGGCUAUCCAAUGGCAACGGAAAGUAACUUUUUACAAGAGCUUAUAAAAAGACCUUCUCGAUUUAGUAAAAUUAAAUCGAAAGUAACUGGUAUUUCAGAUACCGUAAGUUCAACUUUGCCUACUGGUCAAUUGUCUAACAUUCCAUGGCGAAGGACAGGGGUUAAGUACACAAAUAACGAGGCUUAUUUCGAUUUGAUAGAGGAAAUCGACGCAAUUAUCGAUAAGUCUGGAUCGACUGUUACCGCAGAAAUCGAAGGUUAUAUCGAUUGCUUAAUUAAAUUAUCUGGAAUGCCUGACUUGACAUUGACAUUCACAAACCCUCGAUUAUUGGAUGAUAUUAGCUUUCAUCCUUGCGUUAGGUUCAAACGUUGGGAGAGUGAGAAAGUCUUAUCAUUCGUGCCACCAGAUGGUAAUUUUAGACUAAUUUCGUAUCACAUUGGCAGUCAAAAUCUCGUCGCCAUUCCCAUAAUGGUUCGUCAUAAUAUUUCCUUUAGAGAAGGUAGUUCUGGUCGACUAGAAAUGUCUAUUGCCCCUAAGCAGACUAUGGGAAAAACUGUCGAUAAUGUUUCCAUAGAAAUUCCAUUCAGCAAGUCUAUAUUAAAUGUUUCGCUCACACCUACUCAGGGAAAAUAUUCUUUUGAUCCUGUUACAAAAGUUAUGAAUUGGGACGUUGGUAAAAUAGAUGUUCAGAAGUUGCCUUCUAUCCGAGGAAAUGUUAGUUGUCUCUCUUAA